UACGUACAUGUUCAAUUCGAGAAACACAAUUAUUUUUAAGUUUUAAAGCACAAAAAAGACGGAUUUCUACCUUGCAACCACCAGAUAUAUUCUAAUUGGCAAAGAUAAAAUAUGUUUCUUAUUUAUAUCCAAAUUUACUAUGCCAGAUAUUUCAUUUCAAGGUGUGUGGCUUUAAGGAAUGUUUUUUAAAUGGGUAUAUUACCAAGAUCUGCACAGCCAGGAUGAUAUUAACCUUCAGAAGUUAAAGCUUUCUAAGAAUUUUAAGGCUUGCCUUUUAUACUUGAAAUGAUAAAUCAUUAACAUGUUUUGUUCUUUAGGAACAUACAAACAUUUCCCACCCACCAUGUGGAUCAAGAUGUUUGGGCUGAUGAUUCUGGGUCGUAUGUGUGGACAAGGUGGUCUUCAUUACAUCAUGAUGCAGCUGUGUAUUCAACAACAUGUUAACCUGUCCCAGCAGAUGUUGAUGCUCUUAAAUGAUGUUGAGAAAAAUCCAGGACCGGAGUAUUCGUGCAAAUGGAUAUCCUGCAAGGAAGACUUCCACUCCAUAGGACAGCAAGAUGCACAUAUCAUCUCUCAUGUGGUUCAAGAGAAAUGCUGUAGAUGGGGAGACUGUACCAAAGUCCUGAGCUUUAAUAGUCUUGAAAUCCAUGCACUUAAACAUCUCUAUGAUAACCAGAACAUAUUUCGGACAUUCGAGGAUUGACUUGCUGUGUUAGAGGAUCAUCAGGUGAAGGAAGAAACCAGGCUUUUUUCGACUCAAUGUUGAUGAAACCUGAUCGACAUGCUCAUCUUGGUUGAGUAAGCCUGGGUUAAGUGUGUCCAAAAAGUAGGUAACCUGGUGAAAUCUUAGGAAAACAUUGUAACCAGAUCCAGGUUUAUUUGACUGACAGACCAAUGGACAGU